GCAUUUGAACGUUGCAAUGCUGUCCCCCCGUAAGGGUAGCCAAAUGUUCGCACUCCGACGGGUGAUAUUAUGGAGAGCGCGCCCAUUCUCUACUGGUGUCCGGCCUGCCAGCCGAAAUUCGACCGAUGUCCCAGGACCUCAGGUGUCUGCUCGCCAGUUCAAUCCGCAUCUCAAUUAUCGCUAUAUCCGUGAGAACGCUGCCUACAUACAACAAAAUGCCAUAAACCGAAACGUCUUGGACUUGGAUGUAUCGCGGGUAGUGUCUCUUUACGAUAAGUUCGUUACGGCAGACUUUGAAUUGGCAGAGUUGAGAAGGCGAAGGAACAAGAUUGCAACGGAGAUGGCCGCAAUCGUGGGUAUCUUAAAAAAGCAACGGAAAGAUGACGUGGUUGAGGCGUUGAAUCGCAAGAAUCAGCUGGCGGAGGAGGGGAAGACUUUAAAGAAGUUGGUUGCUGAGAAAGAAGAGCAGGUGGCAAAUAUGCAAGCAGCUCUGUACGAAGAAGCGCGGCAUAUACCGAACGACACGCAUCCAUCGGUACCUAUAGGCGAUGAAUCGAAAGCGGGGCUGGUUGACACAGUCGGUAGUCCUCGAGCGGCUGUGUUUGACUCAGGUGCUCCCUUGCGGGACCAUAUGGAGCUGGCGUCGUUACAUGACAUGGUGGAUUUCGAACGCGCUGGGAAAGCUACAGGAUCAAGUUUCUAUUACCUUCGUAAUGCCGGUGCGCUCCUGGAAAUGGCUUUGACCCGGUACGCUAUCGACAGAUGUAUAGCCCGCGGGUUCGUACCGGUGACAACACCAGAUCUUAUCCGACAUGAGGUCCUUGAAGCAUGCGGUUUUAAUCCAAGAACAGAAGACCCCCAAACUUACUAUAUUGAACCCCAUGCAGCAAGCGAGGCCCGUCUGCCUUUCAACGCACGACGCGAUCCAAUGCAACUGUGUUUGUCUGCGACGGCCGAGUUUCCAUUAGCAGCCAUGUACGCCAACGAAAUCGUUUUGUCUGAGAAGCUGCCGAUUAAAAUGGUAGCCUUAGGCAAAUCCUUUCGGGCUGAAGGACAGGCUGGUGCCACAAAUAGAGGCUUGUACCGGGUACAUCAGUUUACAAAGGUUGAAAUGUUUAGUAUUACAGCAAAAGGUGAAAGUGAUAAUGCUCUGAAAGAGAUGGUGGACAUCCAGAAGGAAAUAUUUGAAGAUUUGGAGCUCUGCUUCAGGAUUCUUAACAUGCCUACUCAUGAUCUUGGAGCGCCUGCGUAUCAGAAAUAUGACAUGGAAGCAUGGAUGCCUGGGCGGAAGGCGUGGGGAGAGAUCUCCAGUGCUUCCAACUGCACUGACUACCAAACACGCAGGCUCAACAUUCGCCACUUCGUCUCUUCCCCAUCCCCAAACACCACUGACUUUGUGCACACAAUUAAUGGAACAGCGUGUGCCGUCCCCCGUCUCAUCAUUGCUCUGCUGGAAACGCAUCAACUAGAAGAUGGCCAAUUACGUAUACCCGAAAAGCUUAGGCCGUACUUUCUGGGAGGAAACGUAGAUAGACUACGGGUGGGCAAGGAGUCUUGGAGUUGAUCCAUGCACAUUGAUAACUGACUAGCAGUGUUUAUUCUGCGAAAUAGACUUAAUUUAUUUUUACAAGUGUGCCA